AUGGAUAUUGGUGGCCUCACAACAGUGGUAGCCAACUCUACCUACAUCUCGGCCCGUGGGAGCUUUGAUGGCACUGCCAACCCUGCAGCCAACCGAGACAAGAAGUACCACUCCCUCCUGAAGCUUCCUCACAUCACAGCGUGCGAAGGCCUGAUGGAGACUUUAGACCUCGGCUUCAGGGCGGUCUGCGUGAAGCAGCCAAUUGGAAAACGUCUCUUCCAGGAGUUUCUGGACUCCAACAAUGAGUAUAAAGGCACCUGCCGCCUGUGGAAGGAUAUUGAGGAAUACACCACGGCUGAGGACGAGGAUCGAGUCAAAAGAGCCAGCAAGAUCUUGUCCAGGUACAUGGAGCCUGGGGCAAAGUAUUUCUGUUGCUUUCUGCCUGAAAACAGCGUCACAAAGGUCAAAGAGAAGUACCAAGAAGCUGGGGACCACCUUUUCUGUGAGACCAUGGACAGUGUUAUGGACUUUCUGCAGGAAGUGCCCUUCACUUUCUUCCUGGAGAGUAUGUAUCUGAAAAGGUUUCUGCAGUGGAAGUGGCUGGAGAUGCAGCCCAUAGGAGAGGACUGGUUUAUGGAAUUUCGUGUACUGGGGAAAGGCGGUUUUGGGGAAGUUUCGGCCUGUCAAAUGAAGGCCACUGGGAAACUAUACGCCUGCAAAAAGCUCAACAAGAAGAGGCUGAAGAAGAGGAAAGGCUACGAGGGGGCAAUGGUGGAGAAGAGGGUCCUGGCUCGAGUCCACAGCAGGUUCAUUGUCUCUUUGGCCUACGCCUUCCAGUCAAAAACAGAGCUGUGUCUGGUCAUGACCAUUAUGAACGGAGGAGACCUGAGGUAUCACAUUUAUAAUGUGGACGAGGACAAUCCAGGAUUUCAUGAGCCCCGGUCCUGCUUCUAUGCCGCUCAGAUCAUCCAGGGUCUGGAGCACCUCCACCAGAAGAGGAUCAUCUACAGAGACCUCAAACCAGAGAACGUGCUGCUGGAUAAUCAAGGUAACGUGCGUAUCUCCGACCUGGGUCUGGCUGUGGAGCUGGCUGACGAUCAGAUGAAAACAAAGGGCUACGCCGGGACUCCAGGUUUCAUGGCUCCAGAGCUGCUAAGGGGAGAGGAGUACGACUUCUCUGUGGAUUAUUUCACUCUUGGGGUCACUCUGUAUGAGUUUAUGGCUGCUAAGGGACCCUUCAGGACCAGAGGGGAGAAGGUGGAGAACAAAGUGGUGAAAAAGAGGACCCUGAAUGAUCCAGUAUUUUUUCCAGAGAAGUUCAGUGAAAGCGCUCGAUCCAUCUGUGAGGGUCUGCUGUUUAAAGACGUGGACAAGAGGCUCGGGUUCAAGAACGGAUCAUGUGAUGAGCUCAGAGAGCAUCCCUUCUUCAUCGAGAUCAACUGGAGGAAACUAAGUUCAGGGAUCCUUACUCCGCCUUUCGUGCCAGACUCCAAGACAGUUUAUGCCAAGAACAUCGACAAUGUGGGGGCCUUCUCCACAGUUAAAGGUGUGCAACUUGAAGACAAAGACAGCAAGUUUUUUAACGAGUUCGCCUCGGGGAACAUCUCCAUCCCCUGGCAGGAGGAGAUGAUCGAGAUGGGGAUCUACAGUGAGCUCAACAUCUGGGGACCCGGUGGGACUUUGCCCAACGACCUGCGGCGUGAAUCCAUCCUGGAACAGAAAGCCAAGUCCUCUACCUGCACUCUGUCCUGAGGGACUGGCAGCAGUGCAUGACAGUAUUUACUUGUUCAGAUGAUGGAAGGCCAAUGAACUAUACGUAAUAAAUCAAAACUGCCUGU